CUACGUCGCGAACGGAUCGACGAGAUGGACUUUUUGAGUUUCGAUGUCGCGACAAAAAGGCUCACGUUGCAAAGGGCCGAGGUCCCUGUGCCGGGCCCAAGCGAGGUUCGGGUCAGAGUAGCUUACGCUGGGAUCUGUGGGACCGAUCUUCACAUUCUAGACGGAUCAUUCCCGUGCAAGAAGGAGGGUUCUCUGACACUUGGCCAUGAAUUCUCGGGCACGAUCGAUGCCGUCGGUUCGGCAGUGAACGUUCUGAAAGUCGGCCAAAAAGUCGUGGUCGAUCCGAACAGCGGUUGCAACACUUGCGAUUACUGUCACAGCGGGAAUUACCAUUUCUGUAGCGCCGGUGGUAUAAACAGCACCAUAGGAAUCUACAGAGAUGGCGGCUGGUCCACUCACGCUAUCGUGCCAGAAACGCAGGUCUACGUGGUGCCCGAUGGCGUGGAGAUGCAUCAAGCUGCCCUCACGGAGCCUCUCUCCUGUUUGGCCCACGGAUGGGACAAGAUUAAUCCCGUUAACGUCGGUCUCAAUGUACUCGUAAUUGGCGCCGGAAUAAUUGGCCUUCUGUGGUCCUGCCUGUUGCACUUGCACGGACUCAGGAAAACCGUGACGAUCAGCGAACCGCAAGAGAAACGACGCAAGAUGAUGCCCAAACUCGAUUUAGAUUACGAAGUAAAGAGUCCAAAUGAGUUAAAAGAAGGUUUCGACUUGGUUGUCGACUGCAGCGGCUCCGGUCCAGCUAUGGAGGCGGCUGUGCCGUUGUUAAGACGCGGUGGCCGUUUAUGCGUGUUCGGUGUUGCCAGUCCUAAAGCGAAAUUGACCAUCGAGCCAUUCCAGGUUUACAUGAAAGAAUUGAAUAUCGUCGGUGUAAAUAUAAAUCCUUUCACAUUCCCAAAAGGGUUGGCCCUAUUAAGAGCAAUGGCUGAUAAGUAUCUCAAUUACGAUAAUCUAGGUAUUAAAAUAUUUCCAUUAUCAAAAUACGGUGAAGCUCUCGAGGCACUUAAGAGGGGAGAUAUCAGCAAGGCAGUGUUCAAAUUGUAAAUAGAUCGAUUAUUGAAUAAAAUAUUGGAAUAUCUUUUA